AUGGACACGAUCGCAACGCUUUGGAACGCCGACACCCCAGAUGCGGCCGAGGCUCUUCUCCAGACCACCGCCGCCAAACCUCUCCGUCUACAAAAUUUUGUGGCCAACGAAUUCUAUAAAGCCUCCUCAUCCGUCGACGCGCUAGAGUCCUUCAACCCUAGGACCGGCAAGGUACUGGUUCAUGUGCCAUCUAGCUCCGCAGCAGACGUAGACCAGGCCGUCGAUGCGGCAGCCACUGCGUUCCCUUCCUGGUCCCGGACCCCAAGGCAAGAAAGGGCCCGCUUGCUACAGAAAGUCGCCCAUCUAAUCCAAGAGAACAAGAAUCUGCUUGCUGUAUGGGAGAGCAUAGACCAGGGCAAGACGCUGGCUCGGGCAGAAGCCGAGGUUGACAGAGCCGCAACGAACUUCAGCUAUUUUGCCCAGUUUAUUCUCGCUGAGGAAGGGACCGUCCGCUACGUAGACGGCGAGUCACCCGUCAUGGCGUAUGAGCACCGGUCACCAGCGGGCGUGUUCGGCCUCAUCACGCCGUGGAACAUGCCGCUGUACCUGCUGACGUGGAAGAUUGCGCCCUGCCUGGCAUUCGGGUGCGUUGCCGUCGCAAAACCCAGUGAAGUGACGAGCGUCACUGCCUUCUUACUUUGCGAGAUAUUCCGCCAAGCCAAGCUCCCCCCCGGCGUGAUCAACAUGGUGUUUGGCAAAGGGGCCACGGCGGGCUCGGCACUCGUCACGUCUCCCAAAGUCCGCGGGGUUUCAUUCACAGGCGGCGUGGGCACGGGGAUCCGCAUCCGGCAGGAUACGGCUGCCGACGUGGGCAAGCACAUCUCCCUGGAGCUGGGGGGGAAGAAUCCCAACUUGAUCUUUGAGGAUGUCGAGAUGGGCAAGGCGGUCCGUCUCGCGGCCAGGGCUGCUUUCGAAAACAGCGGCCAGAUAUGCCUCUGCGGAUCGAGGAUUUACAUUCACCGCUCUCGAUAUGAGGAGUUUCUACCGGCCUUUGUGGGCUAUGUGAAGCAGAAUUAUAUAUGCGGAGGGACACUAGGGCCCGUGGUUUCGAGGGAGCACUACUCCAAGAUACGGUCUUACCUGGCUUUGGCGCAAAAGGAGUCGGCUACAUUCCACCUGGGUUCUGUUCCUGAAGAGGACCCCCAAGGCGGAUACUGGAUACCCCCCGUGGUAUUGACGGGGCUUUCCCAGGAGAGCCGGGUGAUCCAAGAGGAGAUUUUUGGUCCCGUGGUUACUGUGUCUACGUUUGAGACAGAAGACGAGGCAAUUGCUCUGGCCAACGACAAUGCCAAUGGUCUGGCGGCGGUGGUCAUGACCAACGACGUAUCAAGGAUGCGGCGCGUUGGAGAGCGAAUCGAUGCGGGCUUGGUGUGGGCGAAUUGUUGGCUGGUGAGGGAGUUGGGGACGUCGUUUGGCGGCCUCAAGGCAAGCGGCGUCGGCAGGGAGGGAGGCGUGCACAGCAGAGAGGUGUUUACGAAUCUGAGGACCGUUCACGUGCCUUCAAGUUGGUGA